AUGGUUGGUGAAAUCAUUUUUAUCUGCCACCUUGUGCUUUUAUCGUCAUCUCACUGUCGUUCAUCAUGCCUUGUCGGUCUCCAGCCUCGUCUGUUCUCCUCUUUGCUCUCUUCUCUUUUCAUGACUUUCCGCAUUCUUUCAUCUCUUUGCCUGGCAUUUCUCUUCUUCGCCUGUCCUCUCGUUUCAUCUUUGUCCGCUCCUCUGCUUUCCUGCCUCACGCACCAUCCUCCCGUCUGUGAAUCUGCACCAUGGCCAGACGCACGUGUCCAUCUGCCCCGACGAUCCGGGCCGGGCUGGGCUGGGCCAUUUCUGCCUCAGACAGAGGCGGCCCGACUAUCCAGAGUCUGCCCGGUCUGA